UGGUGGAAACUGACGAGAGAUUAGUUUGCUGAUAUUCAGCAAUCCAACCAAAGGCCUUUCAACUUCAUCCUUGGCCGAUUCUUUUUACGUUUUACGUUUUGUCGGAACGUCGGAAUCAGGACGAAUGCGUUGCCCGUGGCGCUGCUAUUAUGGCUGCCAUGCUGUCUCCCAGUUUCAAGGUCCGUGAAUUCUCUCUUACCGAUCUUCAGCCCUAUGCAAUCAACUUGAAUUGGAGCGGCGAAGACGUUGAGCACGGAGAGAUGGAAGUAUUCCCCAAGUUUCACAGCGUUCCUUUCUCCAAGAUUCUAACAUUCUUCCGAAAGAGUCCUUUUGUGUUUGCUGCUUCGUUGAAUCGUUUCAAGAAAGCGUACACUGCUUACAAUAGCGGUGUUGCAGCCUACGAUCACUGGACGCCCGAAGAAGCAAAGAAGUUGGAACUAGCAAUUGCUGAAAAAGUUUCUUGGUUGGAUGCCAACAUCAGCCGUGUGAAGGCAACUCUUAAGACUAAGGACUUGCCUAUUAAAGCCGCUGCCUUCCAUAGCGAACACCAGGCUUUUGAAAGCAGCAUGAAUCCAGUUUUGAACAAACCCAAACCACAGCCUCCUGCCCCACCGGCUGAAGCUGCACAGUCGGGCAAGCCAGAGGAUGCUGCCAACGGCUCAACAAUAGUGCUCCCAGAAUUGAUCCGCGGACCGCAGUCCCGACUCCAUCAUGCGAAAUUAAUUGGCCGUGCAUCACCAACUUAUAUCGGAUGGGCGCUCCGUAUUGAAAACUAUUGCUAAAUUUCAUAAAGCUUUACAUAAUUUUGCUUGGACAAUCAUGUGUAAGUGGUGUAUAAAAUGAAAUGCGUGUUGAAUACAAAUUUUAAAUCGCG